AUGGGUGCCCAUCUCUCCAAACAAGUUGAACGACGCAAAACAAUCUCAACAGAGAAGAAAACUCUAUGCGACCUCAAACAAAGCCGUGGCUGUGAUUUCCCCGGUUGCGAUUACCGCCCUUCUGAUCGGAAAAAUUGGAUGUCAGGCCUCGACCCGGGAAAAAUUUACGUAAAUAAGAUAGUGUGGCCAGGGACUCAUGAUUCUGCAACCAAUAAGAUUGGACUUCCAUUCAUUACUCGCCCAUUCGCACAGUGCCAAUCUCUGUCCAUCUAUGAUCAGCUUGCAACAGGCGCCCGUGUAGUUGAUAUCCGUGUUCAGGAGGAUCGACGGGUCUGCCAUGGAAUUCUUACGACAUAUAGUGUUGAUGUUGUUAUCAAUGAUGUCAAGAAGUUCCUGUCUGAAACUCAGUCAGAGAUUAUAAUUCUGGAGAUUCGAACGGAGUUUGGACACGAAGACCCUCCGGAGUUUGAGAAGUAUUUGGAGGAAGAACUUGGUGAAUUUCUGAUCCACCAAGAUGAUAACGUAUUUGGAAAGACAGUAGCAGAACUCUUGCCUAAGAGAAUUAUUUGUGUUUGGAAGCCGAGAAAAUCGCCUCAACCCAAGGCAGGAGGAUCUUUAUGGAGUUCUGGGUAUUUGAAGGAUAACUGGAUUGAUACUGAUCUGCCAUCGACAAAGUUUGACAGCAAUUUGAAGCAUUUAAGCGAGCAACCUCCAGUGACAUCCCGGAAGUUCUUUUACAGAGUGGAGAACACGGCAACGCCACAAGCUGAUAACCCGGUUCUGUGCGUUAGACCGGUGACCGGUCGGAUUCAUGGAUAUGGCAGACUCUUUAUCACUCAGUGCUUCUCUAAGGGUUUGGCUGAUCGGUUGCAGAUUUUCUCAACCGAUUUCAUCAAUGAGGAUUUUGUUGAUGCUUGUGUUGGGUUGACAUAUGCAAGGGUUGAAGGAAAGGCCUGA